AUGCGCAGCCCGCGGGCGGCAGGGAUGCGGGAGGGGAACGCGGGAGGGCGCGGAGGGGAGAACCGGACGGGGAGCGAGCCGCCGCCGCAGCUUUUCCCCGCGGCCGUGCUCACCGGCAUCACCGUCGCCUGCGUCCUCCUCUUCGUCGUCGGGAUCGUCGGCAACCUCCUGACCGUGUUGGUGGUGUCGAGGUUUCGGGACAUGAGGACCACCACCAACUUCUACCUGUCCAGCAUGGCCUUCUCCGACCUGCUCAUCUUCCUCUGCAUGCCCCUGGACCUCUUCCGCCUCUGGCAGUACCGGCCCUGGAACUUCGGGGACCUCCUCUGCAAGCUCUUCCAGUUCGUCAGCGAGAGCUGCACCUACUCCACCAUCCUCAACAUCACGGCCCUCAGCGUGGAGCGGUACGUCGCCAUCUGCUUCCCCCUCCGAGCUAAAGUGAUCAUCACCAAGGGGAAGGUCAAGCUGGUCAUCCUCUUCCUCUGGGCCGUCUCCUUCAUCAGCGCCGGACCCAUCUUCGUCUUGGUGGGGGUCGAGCACGAGAACGGCACGAACCCCCUGAGCACCAACGAGUGCCGAGCCACGGAGUACGCCGUCCGCUCGGGGCUCCUCACCAUCAUGGUCUGGACCUCCAGCAUCUUCUUCUUCCUGCCCGUGUUUUGCCUGACCGUGCUGUACAGCCUCAUCGGGAGGAAGCUCUGGAGGAGAAAGAGAAAGAACAUCGGUCCAAACGCUGUCAUCAGGGAUAAGAACAACAAGCAAACCGUGAAAAUGUUAGUUGUGGUGGUAUUUGCUUUCAUACUCUGCUGGUUGCCUUUUCACGUAGGACGAUAUUUAUUUUCCAAAUCCUUUGAAGCUGGAUCCUUGGAGAUAGCAGUGAUCAGCCAGUACUGCAACCUGGUGUCCUUUGUCCUCUUCUACCUUAGCGCAGCCAUCAACCCCAUCCUCUACAACAUCAUGUCCAAGAAGUACCGAGUCGCCGCUUGCCAGCUGUUUGGACUCAAACCCCUUCCAAAGAAAAGACUCUCCAGCACAAAGCAAGAAAGUUUGCGCGUUUGGACAGAACCCAGCGUUACUACAUGACACGCGAUUUCCAGCGCCGGAGCAUCACUUCCCCGGAAUUCCCAGAAAGCCAUAAUGAAAGAGAGAGAGGGCAAGAAAUACAAACAGAAAUGUUAAAGCUGUACUUUUGUCAUCAUCUGGAUUUGCUGAAAGAUGUCAUGUAGGCAGUUAAAGAUUUAAAAAGAAAAAAAAAAAAACAACUAAACUUUGAGACUAUAGGAGGAGAGACACGGUCACAGAAUUUGGCAACACUCAAGUAUUAUUUCUCUGCUGCUUUUGCCCAUGUGAUUUUUUAGCACUGACUUUAGCAGGAGAGCUAGGCUUUACCAGUCUUAACAGGCAACCGUAGCCCAGUUCACUUGCGAGUUCGUGUGACUUCAGUAGCAGCUAAUUCGAGCCAAAUUUUUCCAGCGUUGACUUCAGUUUUGCUAAGGUUUUUGUUAGCAUAUAACCAGGCUGUAGAGAGAAAAUUGAAUUGCCUUUUCAGAGUAGUGAACAUAGAAUUUGAUACACUUUUCAUAUCCUGAUUUUUAAAUAAACUAACAUUUUUCUCUGAAUGAGGAAAAGUGAUUUCUUAAAAAAGAAAAGGAGAAAGAAAACAGAUAAUUUUUAAACAUGCUAAAAAUAAACUACCUUCAUGUCAUGUCUGAGUAGAAAGGAAAUGAAAAAAAAUACUUUCACAGAAGUGGCUUCGAACAUGACUGUACUGAAGUAUUUUUUUAAAGAUAUAUCAGCGGGACAAGGACAGUGCCGACUUCAGGACCGCAGUGAUGCUAUAAAAAUAUGGAAUGUAAUCUCCCACCAAAGUCAUAUUUUUUUUUUUUUACUAGCUACAUCAUCCGUACUUGUUCUGUUCAGCUUGACUGUGAACGACUCAAUGUGUUUGAACUUGGAAGCUUUUCGUUGUUUUGAUAUUUGUAACGAGUCCGUGGCUACCUGUCCCUAUGCUGCGCACCACCGUACCCCCCAGAUUUGCCGAGGACGGGUCUCCUGCCUGUAAACCACCGCUUGUUUCUAUUUAAAGCACAUCAGCUGGUUACCAGUACCACGUCGCCCCAUAAAACCCAGCGUGCGGCUGUACUAGUUUGCUGCAGUAUUCAGUCGAGAACGUUUUUUAACCAACGUGACCUGACGAAGUAAUAGAAAAAUCUGCAUUAGAAGACACAGGCAGACACAUUCUCAUACUUGAUCCAUAAAAAUCUUAAAUUCAAUUGAUUUUUAUAACUCAAGUAUGCCGUUAAAAGGCAAACCAGAAAGCUUUCUAUCCUUUAUGCGAGUAAGUAUGUCUUAUAUUGCACCUAUUGUCACACCAACACGUAGCUUUUUGUGGCCCAGCUAAUAGAGCUUCGGAGCGUGCAUGUGCAAUAGCAGCUUUCUAUUUAUUUUGUUCUAGUAUUUAUUACCAGCUGGUCCACAACUGAUUCUCCAUAAUGAAUUGUCUGUUCGCAAAAGUCCUACCGCCUUCAAACUCCUGUUAACGCCGAUGGGCCGUUUUCCGCCCGUUACACCUUUAGCUGACGGUGCUGCCCAGGCAUAACUCAAAAGAGAAUUUGGCCUUUUCUGUCUAUACGGUGUCUUUUAUGCCAUGCAGUGCUUUGCUGGGGCCAGGCGGCCGAGCGCUGCUCCUCGCGGCACCCGAGCCCGUCUCGCUCCCCGCUCCAGCGCUCGCAGCGAGCGCGGGUUUGCUAUACGCGAACCUCUAAAUUAAGGGACAAACGAGCGGUAGGGCUAUAGGAUCAUCAUCUCCCGUUCCGCCUCUAACCUCGUCCGCCUCGUCAUCCAUUUUGUUCUCUCGCUCAUUGACCGACGAACAGAGCUGAUGGCAGACGUCACGCAACUCAGGGAAACAAGAAAUUCGGGAAUCUCGAAAAGAUUGUAAGGAUGCGAGCUCGCCAAUAACACGUCUGUGUAAACGAACCGAUCGCACACCUAGCGUCGCGUUACGUGUUUCAAAUCUCGGCUGUGUCUGUGGUAUUAAACGUGAACAGAAAAAGAAAUA